AUGUCCGUCAACUUCUCCCCGUAUCAACCUCCCCCCGAUGUCCCUUCGACCGACCCACCUGAAUCAUCAACCAAGAAAGGUAAAUCCAAGAGACCUUGGUUCACCAGAGACCAAUCAUCUUACGCUACAAAUUCAUAUCAAUCUGGCGGAUCCAUCUCCGACCCAACCUCUCAAGCUCAGGCUUAUUCCAAUGACCCCGAGGCAGCAGGUUUACUCAAUGGCUCUGGAUCUGGAAUGGGGAACGGAGCGUUCGGUGAAGGAGAUAGAGCCAAUGCGUGGGAAAGUAGGUUCGGGUGGAGAGUCGAUUUCAUGGCUGCUGCGGCGUAUUUGGGAGGGCCUGUGACCGCCUUGUUGUUCUUGAUACUGGAAACUCAGAAUGACUAUGUCAGGUUCCACGCCUACCAAUCAGCGCUAUUCACCACUCCACUCCUAAUCCUCUUCCUAAUCUUCAAACUCAUCAUCGUUCUUCCUUCGUUCCUCCGUAUAAUAUACAUACUGGCUGCAGUCGGAGGAACGCUCUACGUCGCUUUCAGAGCUUGGAAAGAUGCGCAGGAAGGGUUGAGUAGGUAUUGGUUGCCUUAUAUCGGCGAGAUUGCCGAAAGGUGGGUAGGGGAGGAGUAA